AUGCCAUUCAAAAUUCCGUUAGGUGAACGAGCCGACGAGCAUCGUGUACCUCCAACUUUCAUUCGACCCCUAGCUGAUAAACGAGCCGUAGUUGGAGAGCGUGUAGUGCUACAAUGUCAGUUGGAUGGACAUCCGGUACCGGCGGUUAAAUGGCUAAAGGAUGGACAUAACGUUUCGAAUUGUCCUGACUAUGAAUUCGAAGAGGAUGGACUAAUACAUCGGCUAGUCAUCUCACAGGUACAAGGAGCGGAUAGUGGAAGAUUUACAGCUCAGGUGAGAGAACACUAAUU